GUGGGAAUAGAAACAUAGACGGUGCCACCGUCGACACGGGGAUCCACGGAAUGAAUCUGUGAAACAUGGCUGCCUGGUAAAAUUCCCGCCAAAAGUUGUUAGUGGAAAGCAGCUGCGAUUUGGGAGGCAACUGUUGCGAAAAUGUUGUGUUUGCUCGCGUAGAACUAGUCUGAAACAAGAAUUAAUUGCUGGUUAAAAGAUGGAUCCAAGUGAAGUGGAGUUCCUUGGUGAAAAGGAGUUGGUCAGCAUCGUGCCAAACUUUAGCUUCGAUACGAUUCACUUGAUAUCGGGAUCGAUAGGACCCUUUCGUGCUGGGCUGCCUGUCAAAGUUCCGAUCUGGUUGGCUGUGAAUCUGAAACAGCAACAGAAAUGUCGAAUUAUUAAUCAAGAAUGGAUGAACACCGAUGAGCUGAACGAGGCGAAGGAGGAAGAAAAGUUGUCGAAGUUAUUUACAAAAAUGCCGAGCAAUCAUUUUAUGGACGAAGCGCAGCUCUUGCUGAGCGUUGCGAGUGACGAUAUAUCUGAUGCUGAUAGAAUAAGGACAGCAGUAAAAGACAUAUGGGACAUAAGGAUGUCUAAGCUUCGUACAUCGAUAGAUGCAUUCUUAAAAAGUGAAGGAUUGCAUGCAAAACUAGACCAUCUAACUGCAAUGGAAAUAAACAGUGUGCGUCCAUUACUGCCACAUGCCUUAGAUCAAAUGUAUAGGAUUCAAACUGGAGGAAAGGUGGUACAAUCUCAAAAUCCAGAAACCUCGCAGAACUGAUACAUUAUCAUUUUUACAUUGUAAAUAUAUAUGUACAUAAAUAUUUAUGAAACAAUCUUGUCAUUGACCUUCAUUUCUUUAAUCUUAUAACA